CUCUGUAGUGAACAGUUUAAAUAGUACAGUUGUAUGAAGGUUCGAUAUAUCUAAACAGAUAUAAAUAGGUUAGCUUCCGCAUUAAACUAUGUUGUGUUCUACAAUUUAUUUUGGCAUUCUUGGAAUGAGAGAAUGCGAACAGAAUAAUAUAAAGUAAAUAUAAAGGUUAAAACUGAAAAAACAUGUAUAUAAAUAAGUGUCACUAAAGGUUAUGUGCAUAAAGAUUAAACUCCGUUAUUACAAUCUCUAUUUGAAAGGAAAAUAGUACUAUCAACAUAAAAUUUUUCAAUAUAUUCUACAUUUCUCAAUAUAUAAUUAUUCAAAAUUUAUUCAAUAAGUAUAAAAUAUGUUUACUAAUAAGGUUAGAUUUAUUAUAAGACAAAGCACUUCGUGUAACUAUAUUAACAAAACGUAUAACCUUUUAAUAAUUGGUAACAUUAAUAAUUCUGAAAAAUGUUCAGUUCGAAACAAUUUUACAUACUUUUCGCGCGAAAGUGAGAAGAUCAAGAAAAGCUAUCGGCUUUUAUACGCCAUCCCUUGUUUUGUAACCAGCCUUAUUGCCUGGAAGAGCAUAAGGCAAAAAUAUUUGUCCACGGUUAAUGCGGCUGAAAUGAUCACCGACGAAGAAUCAAAUGACGAAGAUAAAAAUGAGCAAUUCGAUGAAAUACAAGAAGAUAAAAGGAAAAAGAAGAAAAAGAAAAUUGGUUUUCGUGAUCGAAAGAUAAUAGAGUACGAAAAUCGUAUAAGACACUAUUCUACUCCUGACAAAGUAUUUCGUUAUUUUGCUACUCUGCAAGUGGUGAACAACGACAUCCAUGAAAUCUUCAUGACACCUGAUGACUUUUUAAGAUCAAUAACGCCUGGUAUCAAACAGCCGGACGGACUUGGGUUGGACAAAUAUAAACGUUACGAUCCUAAGAAUAUUCACACAAAGUUAGAACUGGCUUUAGAUGAAGAUAGCAUCUUUUACAAACUUGGAAGUGCUGGUUUAAUUAGUUUCUCCGAUUAUAUAUUCUUGCUCACCGUAUUAUCCACUUCUAGGAGACAUUUCGAAAUCGCCUUCAGAAUGUUUGAUUUUAAUGGCGAUGGUGACGUUGAUUCUGAGGAAUUUGGAAAAGUCGCUACUUUAAUUCGACAACAAACCAGUAUCGGAAAUCGACAUCGCGAUCACGUUACCACUGGUAAUAUGUUUAAGGGUGUUAAUUCAGCAUUGACUACAUAUUUCUUCGGUCAAAACAUGAAAGGGAAGUUGACCAUUGAGAAAUUUUUAGAGUUUCAACAGCAAUUGCAAACAGAAAUACUUAGUUUAGAGUUCGAGCGAAGAAAUCCUGAUGAAAAUGGUCGAAUAACUGAAGUAGAUUUCACAGAAUUAUUGCUUGCAUAUGCUGGAUAUCCUGACAAAAAAAAGGCAAAGAUUAGGAAAACUGUAAAAAAGCGCUUUAAGGAUAAUCCAAAGGGAAUAGACAAAGACGAAUAUCUGAAGUUUUUUCAUUUUUUAAAUAAUAUCAAUGAUGUGGAUACAGCACUGACAUUUUAUCAUAUUGCUGGAGCAUCAAUUGAUCCAGCUACCCUAAAACAUGUAGCAAAAACAGUGGCUCAUAUUGAUCUGAGUGACCAUGUAAUACAAGUGGUUUACAUUAUUUUUGACGAAAAUAUGGACGGCCAAUUGAGUAACAAAGAAUUUGUUGCUGUAAUGAAAAAUAGGGUUCUAAGAGGAUUAGAGAAGUCAAAAGAUACUGGUUUUGUCAAGCUAAUCGAAUCAAUGGUAAAAUGUUUAAAAAUCAGUUAUAAUAUGCAUUUUGAUAAUUAAAGCAAAAUUACGAGGUUUCUGGCUUUUUUAUAAUAUACGUUUAAAAUGGAA